AUGUAUCAAUUCUAUCUGUGUAGUAGCCUCAAAACUGUGUUUCGGGUGUCGUGGUGGGUCACCAAACCCCUGAGGCCUGUGUUCCAGAAAUGGAAACCGAUCAAGCCAACUCUGGGGAAAGAAUCGUUUUGGGUCUUCAUUGUUCUUCUCGUGGCUUUUAUCCCGCCUGCCGUGCUAGCAAAUGAGGAGAAUUACACCCACUCCUUCCGCCGAGCUCGCCCAGAUCCGAUGAAUAUCCCUAUUCGUGUUCUGAAACGGCGCUCGCCUGCGGACAAUACCACGUUUGGAGCAGGGGUGAGCCAGCUUUCGUUCGCAAGUGACAGGCAAUCGUAUUUUGCAGUAAUCAAAGUUGGAGGCAUCAACUUUCGAGUUGCACUGGACACAGCUUCGUCGGACCUAUGGCUUGCGUCUUCCUCCUGCGAAACAGAGACGUGCAAGGAGAUACCCCGAUAUCCUCUCUCGUACCAGAGCCCUACCUUCAUUACGCUCAACGACAAUUCGACCGCCUUUCGUGCCAGCUACGCAGAUGGGACUUUCGCGUCGGGAUUUGUUGCUAGGGAGACUCUCGAAUUGGCCAAUAUUACACUUGCUAAUCAGACAUUUGGUGUCGUCACUGAAUCUAAUGUCACACUAACUGACGAGACGACUGGAAUCAUGGGCCUCGGGUUUCCUCGAUUGUCAUCUAUCACAGAUGUAGGAGCCUUGCCAUUCUUCUCGACGCUGGCUGCUAAGGGUCUUCUGGAAUACCCACUCUUUGGCCUGAGUUUGACAAGGAAUUCCUCUGGAUCACUAACAAUGGGUGCUAUUGACGCCUCGGUCGUCCACAAUGUCAGCAACAUAGGUUGGAAUAAAGUCGCUCAGUUCCCACCUUUUGCGGCAGAAAACAACAUCUCGAGCUACCUUCAAUGGGCAAUCCCUAUUACAGGUGUUGCGUUCAAUGGUACCCAAAUUUCACCAAUCGCUACGUAUGCGAACGUUGGUCGUACCCAGUCAUUGGCUUUGAUUGAUGUAGGAGCGCCUGGUAUCUACGGACCAUAUCAAGACGUUUCACGCGUAUACUCCAUGAUAGAUGGCGCUCGUCUCGUUGAUUCGACUGGGCAGUGGGCUAUACCAUGCGACACGACCGAGUCAUUAUCUUUCACCUUCGGUCUCCGUAACUACACCCUGCUCCCCACAGACUAUCUCAUUGGACCGGCGGACGGCAAUCCCAACCUAUGCUUAUCCUGGCCCAUGGCACUACCCCCUAGCUCAGAUGGAAUCGACUGGCAAAUGGGAGCAGCGUUUCUCCGAACAGUUUAUUCUGUCUUCAGCUAUGGCAUCAACAGGAAAGAACCACCGCUGAUCGGCUUUUACUCGCUCUCCAACACCACUAACACCACCACUACCCAACCCCCCGAUUCUAUUCUCUCCUUCCUCUCAGCCAACACAGCUACGGUGGCUACGACAUUACCCAACUUCCUCUUACCAACACCAUCGUUUACUACCCCGCCGCUCGCCCUGAACACGUCCGUCUCGGCUUCGGUCGGCGGCCUUGUGUCGUCAGGUCUGGCGAAUGCCACGUACAGCGCGCUAUUUGCCCAACGGACCUCAUUGACAAAUGUCUCAGCAUUGCCCCGCAUUACACCGUCUGCAUCGGUCAUAACCCUGGUUGUCACUGGCAGCGCAGGCGACGUAUCGACGACGGUCUCUACAGCGUCCUUGGCCGCUGUGACGCUCGGCCUACCUCCCGGGUGGAGCGCAGGCAGCUCGCUGACUACUCCCGUGGUUGGUACGAUGGUCUUGCCGUGUAUACUGGUGAUUUGGACAUUACUCUCGAGCUGGCAUUGA